AUGAAAAUUUUCCAUCAUAACACUUGUCAGCGAUAUGGCAGUUCAAAGCAGCGACAACUAAUGGAUAUACAUUCGAAUUCAAUUGUUGUAACACAAAAUCCGAAAGCUGUCAUGAUCACUAGUGAUGUCGUUGCUCGUAGUAUUGGUGGAACUGAUGGGUCUGUCCGAUUUUUCGGUCGAUCAAAGUAUCGUGAAGCCAUGAAGCAGAGAAUAACUUCAGCGCGCAAAAUUGAUCAGGAGGAACAUAAGGCAUUAGCACAAGAUCUAGAUGUGGACGAAGAUCUGUAA